AUGCCGCCGCCGCCGCCAGAGGGCGACCGCGAGGAUGACGGCGGCGACCCGUAUGCGUCCUCCGCGAGCGACCUGCCGGUCACGCGGUACGCGUCCGAGAUCGUCGAGGCGGUGCGAGCGAACCCGGUCGUCGUCGUCAUCGGCGAGACGGGCUCGGGGAAGACGACGCAGAUCUCGCAGAUCUUACACCGCGCGAACCUGUCGUCGUCCUCGGGGGACAACAACGCGCCGCCGUCGUCCUCCUCCACCGGGAUCGUCGUCACGCAGCCCAGGCGCGUCGCCGCGGUGUCCGUCGCGCGCCGCGUCGCGCACGAGAUGAACGUCCCCGUCGGCGGCCUCGUCGGCUACACCGUCCGGUUCGAGGACUGCUCCGGACGCGACACGCGGAUCAAGUACGUCACCGACGGCACGCUGCUGCGCGAGUGCCUCGAAGACCCGAGCCUCUCGAAGUACGGCGUCGUGAUCCUCGACGAAGCGCACGAGCGCUCGCUGAACACGGACGUCCUGUUCGGCCUCCUGAAGCUCCUCGUGCGGACGCGGAAGCCGACGCUGAAGCUCGUGAUCACGUCCGCGACGCUGGAGUCGGAGAAGUUCAGCGCCUACUUCGGCGACUGCCCGGUGUACCACGUCCCCGGUCGCGUCUUCCCGGUCGACAUCGCGUACGCGAGCGAACGCCCGCGGUCGUACUUGGAGACGGCGAUCGAGACGACGUGGGACCUGCACAGGAGCCAGGGCCCCGGGGAUAUCCUGCUGUUUCUCACCGGCCAAGAAGAGAUCGAGAGCGCGUGUAAGCGGCUUAACGAGCGCGUGAGAGACGCGGACGAGACGGAGUGCGACGACGCGCAGAUCCUUCCGCUGUACGCCGCGCUGCCUCCCGAGGCGCAGGCGAGGGUGUUCUGCGCGCCGCCGCGUGCGUGCCGCCGCAUCGUCGUCGCGACGAACAUCGCGGAGACGUCGCUCACGGUGCCCGGCGUGGUUUUCGUCGUGGAUCCAGGCGUGGUGAAGCAGAACGUAUACGACCCGGAGACGGGGUGCGACGCGUUGAAGAUCACAGCCGUGAGCGCGGUGCAGGCGCGUCAGCGCGCGGGACGCGCUGGGCGGACGCAGCCCGGGCGGUGUUUCCGUCUGUACACGAGAGACGCGUUCGAGCACGACAUGCCGAUCGUCACCGUGCCGGAGAUUCAGAGGACGUCGCUCGUGGGCGUCGUGUUGUACCUCAAGAUGCUGAGGAUAAAAGGCUUGUCCGUGUUGGAUUUCGACUUUCUCGACAAGCCCGACGGGGCCGCGAUGACGGACGCGCUGAGACAGCUGUACGUCCUCGGCGCGAUCGACGUCGACGGCGAGAUCACGGAGAUGGGACGCGAGAUGUCGCCGCUCCCCGUGGAGCCGCAGCUCGCGAGGGCGAUGCUCGAGGCGCGGCGACGCGGCAUCGUCGAAGAGAUGGCUACCGUCGCCGCGAUGCUGAGCGUGGAGCGCGUGUUCGUGGGUGGUUCGGGCGGUGGGAAGGGUCAGGGUCAGGGUCAGGGUCAGGGUCGAGACGGUCGAGACCGGGACCGGCCACCGCCGAUCGCGAGCGCGGACGAGACGAAGAUGGGCGAUCACGUCGUGUUGCUGAGGACGUACGAGGCGUGGGCGCGCGGAGGGCACCGGCGGAGGUUUUGCGAGGAGCACGGUUUGAACGACCGCGGGAUGGAGUUCGCGAGGGACGUCCGUAAGCAGCUGUUGGGGGUGUUCAGGGACAGGGGCAGGGACAGGGACAUGGACAGGGGAAACGGGGACAGGGACGGGGGAAACGGGGACGGGGACGGCGGAAGAGGCGGGAAACGCGACCGCGACGGCGUCGAAAAAAACCAAACCCAAACCCAGAGACGCGGGGACGUCACGGACCUCAGGAAGGCUAUCUGCGUCGGGUUCGCGAACAAGCUCGCGCGGCGGCUCCCGCGGCACAACGGCUUCCGAACCUUCGGCGCGGACGCGUCCAUGAUAGCCGAAGCGCACCCGUCCGUCGCGCGGUCGCUCGCCGACGACGUCACCGGUUUGCUUCCGGAGUGGGUCGUGUUUCACUCGCUCGUGUCCACGACGCGGCCAUUCAUCAAGGGCGUGUGCAGGAUCGAACCCGAGUGGGCCGCGCAGGUGAUGCCGCGGUUAGGGGACGUGGACGUCGGGCGGCUCAGCGGCGGCGCGCUGGCGGAGGAGCGGACGGGAGCGAACGCGGAGAAGGCGGCGGCGGCGGCGGCGGAGGCGGAGGCGGAGAGGACGCGCGAGGCGAGCGGGCGGAAGAACACGGACCAGGCCGUGGAGGAUGCGCGCGCGCGGUACCUCGCGAGGAAGAACAAGGCCGCCGCGAAGAAGAGCUGA